AUGCAGGGCAGGGGUUUCGGAUUCGUCAUGGCUGGCGGUGCCGCUUGCGCCGCCGGCCUCCAUGCCAUCGACGAUGGAAGGGAGAUACAGCGGCCAUUUCACAUCUUGUGUGGCUUGGCUCAGAGCUUGCAAGGCUUAGACUCGAAGCACAGCGACGGUAUGACCAAGACGCUAUCGGAAGAUGUGAGGCGCAAGUGCGGCAACCUUAGCUGGGCCGACCUCGCAACCAAGCUGUCCCUGCUCAUGUGGGAGCAAGCUGGGGUUGCCGACGAUGGCUACAACAAGCUGCAGUGGGAUGAGAUACGGAACAGGGCAAAUUACGUGACGGGAAGGCUGAGGGAGAUGCAGGACAACUUCCCGGGCGACCACAAGGUGUUUAGGAGCACCUUUUGUGCCCUCUUGAACGCCUACGCCAUCAUGCAUAGCAUGCUCUGGAACCCGGCUUGCUCACGGUGUUGUGUAGCUGCAGAAUGGUGGAUCUGGGGAAUGGUGUAUUCACAGUCAAACAGGCACAACCUGGACAGAGUCCUCGCCCGCCUUCAGCUCCAUGCGCUCUACCUCAGCUCCGACAUUCUGCCAGACGCAGCCAAGCUCUUUGCUGCAACCAAAAUCGUGCAGCCGGAUCUGCUCGACGCGCAAAACUGCCUCAUAUCUAGCGUCCCGACGGCGUUGGACACUGUUGUGGGGGACAAGAGGCUCUUUCUGUCCAUUUCCCCUGCUCCUGUCUCAGCCUCAGAAAGCCUACUUGCAGCUACACCAACUAGUCCCUCGUCCAUGAGAGAGACUUUGAUGCCCGAAGGAGCACCGCCAUUGCAACCGUUCCUGCCAUCCGCCAGCAUUCCUUCGGCUGUCUCCUCGCUGCCAUCCACUAUCGCCGCUGUUCCCUCCUCCAUCGUAUCCAAGGCAGUGGAAGCAGCCUCAGCUGUAGCAUCUGCAGCAUCGUCGGUUUUGGCGUCGGAAGUAGCACGCAGUGUUGAGGAAACCGAGCCAGAGGUGCCACAACAGGUUCAAGAAAAAGUAGAAGCUUUGAAGGUUAAGUCGUCUCUAGUUCAGUCAUCCGAGCCACAGGUUGGCAUGGAUAACUUGGCGGGAAGGGUCUCCUUGGGUUUUCAGAAGAAGGUGGCCGAUUUGCAAGACAAGGCCGCUUCUCUGCUGCAAAUCAAGGCAUCGGAACUGCAAAACAAGGUGCCAGCGAGGUUACUAGAAUUGCAAGGGAAGGCUGGUCAGGUAGGAGCCGUGGCCUCGGACCUCCAAUCCCGCGUCACCGCAAUUCCGUCGGUGUUGGAUGCGAAAACAAGCGAGAUGCAGGCCCGUGUCGGGUCGACUCUGUCCUCCCUUCCCUCGCAAGUCCGGGAAAGUAUUUCAGACGCACAGGCAAAGUCCUCUGCAGAAAUGCAGGCGACUGCUUCGUCAGUACAGUCUGGGCUGCGAAAUAAAGUUGCUACUCUCUCAUCGGCGAUACAGGCGAAGGUUGCAGCAGAAGACGUUCAAGCUAAGGUGGCAUCGGGGUUCAGGUCAUCUGACCUGGUUUCAGACUUACGUGAGCCUUCGACAGAAGUAAAGUCAAGUGUACAAUCAAGAAUUCAAGCUCUCGAGUCACGAGCCUCUGCUUCUGCUCCAAAGCACCACCUUCCUCCAAAACCUCCAUCCGUUGCAGUGGAUGUUCCACCGGCCGUGGCAACCGUGGCAUCUGCUGUUGCGUCGGCGGCAUCCGCAGCGAUGGCGGCAGCUAGCUCCGCAAUUCAGGCACAGGAAGCAGCACCAGCUCCGCAAGUAGUUCCUGUAGCCAUUGUCAGUGCACCGGGAAAGAUGGCCAAGCCUUCAAUACGCAUGCCGUCUCCUUCGGGGCCCAUAACUACAGAGACGACAAUGGGAGGCCAGAAGGUGUUUGUGACACUCCCUGAGACUCCCAAGUUGCUGCCAGCUCCGGUGGAACAGCAAGCAGCAAGGGGCGGUAGUAUGGUGAGCUUGGCCGCGGCGUCCACGUUAGCAGCGCUCCCGCCCUUGGAGCAAGGGAUAUUUGAUCUUCCGGCGGUGCCACUGGCAGUGUUCCCUACGGCUGAGAAGAGCCACUGCCUAGCCAUAGUUCCGUUUCAAGAGCAGAGGCACUGCGUGGCCUUGAUACCGGCGUUGGGAGCGGCAUCUGGCGACAGGCCAUUGAUUGCAAUUGUGCCACACGAAGACAUGAAGCACUGCUUGGCGGUGCUGCCAGGCGCCCGUAGUGUUGGUCUUCCCGAGCACAAGAAGCGGUGCCUGGCUAUCAUUCCGUACCAGGACAAGGACAGCUGCCUGGCGUUGAUCCCCACGUCACAGGAGGUGGCCUCGGCUGGCGAGCAACAAGAGAGCUCCCUGGCUGUGGUGCCGUUUGAGGACAGGCUCGAGUGCCUGGCGGUGGUCCCGACUGCGCCAUCGGAGGCGCUUGCCAGCAUGAGCGCGAGCAAGAGCGCGCAGGACCUGGUGCAGUGCUUGGCCAUGCUUCCGCCUCAAGAACACGAGCACGGCGGCGUGGUGCGCAAGUUGGCAGUGGUUCCAUUGGACGACAAGAUGAACUGUCUGGCACUACUGAGGCCCGACGGCCCUCUGGACCUGCGGCAGCAGUGCAUGGCUCUCAUUCCCGCCAUGCCGGAAGCCGUCCACGCGAGGCUAGAGCAGCACAGGCAUUCCUGCUUGGCCAUAUUCCCGGCGUCCACGCCGGGUGGUGGCCAAGGCCAGGCGCUGGCACUCAUUCCCGUGGCAGGAGCAGGAGCAGAGGAGGCUCCUUGCCUGGCGAUAGAGCCAACCACCCCGGAGGCGGCCAUGGCGGACCAAAGGCACUGCAUUGCCAUCAUCCCCACCAACCCGGACGUGUGCAUGGCAGACGGUGGCUUCUCGAUUGUCCCCACGACACCGAACGCAGCCCUCCGCGACGCCAGCCAGUGCUUCGCUAUCAUCCCCACCGCUCCCAACCUCGCCUUGUGCCACCAGAAGACCGUGCUCGCCAUUGUACCUGCUGCACCGUCCGCCACCCCAGCAGGCCCCAGCACCAGCGCAGGCACCCUCGAGGCUGACAAGCCUCUUGUCACUGUCCUCCCCUCCCCUUCUUCAUCGUCCUUCCCGUUCGCGGACAAGCACAAGUUCCUUCUCCCGCCCGACGAGCCUACGACCGCCCAACUUUACGAGGAGCUCCAGCCGGUUGCGCACCUUAUCAAAGUGGGGCUGAGGGAGCGAGUGCGAGCUCUUGUGGAUGAGCUUGAAAAGCAUGAUAAGCAGCGGCAGGUGGCGGGAGUGGCUAUCCUAGGCGAGGGCGGGCUUGGAAAGAGUGCAAUACUGAGAGAAGUCCUUACGGAACUCCGGAGGAAAGGCGAACACGCAGUGGCGUAUGGAGAGACGAGCGUGGCAUCUUCACCGGAGGCCCUCACGGACACCAUCUCUAGCCUUGUCCACCAGCUUGGAGGGGAUUCGAGGGAAGUAUAUUACAGCACGCUGGAAGCCAGGCAAGCUCUCGGCAAGCAGCUGGCGCAGCUUGGGGCCAAGCAAAAGGCGGUGUGCGUGGCGGUGGACAAUGUUUGGUCUGGUGCAGCUCUGAGGGAAAUGCUGCCCAGGAACCUGAGCCAGUUGCUAUCUCCGGCAAGCUGUGUUAUGGUUACUUGUCCCUCCGAGUCCGUGGCACGGGCGCUGGACGAGCUGUGCAAACCAGCACAUCCGAGUGCUACCGUCAACUACUGUUUUUGGUGCUAUCAACCCAGCCAUCUGUCACCUCCAGAGGCCAAAGAAAUGUUUAUGCUGCACGCGUCCAAGCGCGGGGUGCAUCUCUUACCGGAGCAUGAAGAGCUGGUUGACGAUCUUGUCCCGCUCUGUGGCGGCCUUCCGCUCGUGCUGCAGGUUGUGGGCUCACACUUUGCAAGGUUUGCCCGACGGAAGAGAGACGAGUGGCUGCACAUAGCAAAGAAGCUGAAGCUGGCACAGGAGUUCCAAGUUCGCGACGACGAGAUAUGCUCCAAGCUCAAGGUGAUUUACGACGGUCUCGACCCGUCCUUUCAGGAGGCCUUCCUGGACGUUGCAACGUUCUUCCGCGGCGCCAACUGGAAGAUGGUGGAGAGGAGUCUGGGCAAGCACCAGCUCGCAAGCUUGGCAGAUCAAGCUUUCGUGUUUGCCAAGCAAAAAGAGCCGGAUGCACAAUGGUGCUCGCAGGAUCUACUGGAUUCGGUGCCUGUGUGCAGGCAAUCCAUGAGGUUGAAUACAGAAGUCGUGGAGAUGCAUGAUUUGGUUUACUCUCUGGGCCACCAGCUUGCCAAGGGAAGCUACGUGACUUCCAGCGACGCACAGAGGUUGCCGGAUGUCCUGCACAAUAAAGGGGAGCUAAGCAUGAUCAAGGGGCUUACAUUGAAGAGGUGUCAAGAGCCUUUCCCUGUGGGACUCAUCGACAAGAUGAGGAAGCUUCAUGUACUCGUCUUCGAAGGCACGAGUAUGAUCGGUCACUGCCACCGCCCCCCGCACCAGCUGCGCUACUUGGUUUGGCAUCCCCUGGACCAAGGGAAGGAGAGAGCAUCAAUGCCGUUCAAGCUCAAGAGACUCAGCAAGCUUGCCGUGGCACAUUUGCACAACAUACGGUCUGAUUUCACCGACAUUGACUUCCCUCCGAAACUGGUGGAGUUGGAGCUAGACAACUGCGUGAAGCUUGUUGAACUCCCCCGCUCAAUCGGGAGCUUGAAAUGGCUGCACAGCCUGCACAUGCACAACUGCCACAGCCUGAGAGCACUUCCGGACUCGAUUGGGGGCCUGGUCAUGCUGCAGGAGCUUGUGCUCAGCGUGUGUACCAGCAUCACGGAGCUGCCGCAGUCCUUGGGGAACCUCCACGACCUCGAGUACGUGGACCUUGCGGCUUGUUUCAAGCUCAUGGCCCUGCCCAGAAGCAUUGGAAGGUUGAUGGCGCUCAAGGUGAUGGACUUGACAGGAUGCGAGAGCCUGACGAGCUUGCCGCCGGAGAUCGGUGAGCUGCGGAACCUGAGAGAGCUGGUCCUCGCGGGGUGUGGGUCGCUCAAGGAGCUCCCCCCUGAGAUUGGGUCGCUCACACACUUGACCAACCUGGACGUGUCCCAUUGUGAGCAGCUGAUGCUUUUACCGCAGCAGAUUGGAAACCUGACUGGCUUGAGAGAGCUCAACAUGAUGUGGUGCGAGAAGCUGGCGGCCCUUCCCCCUCAGGUUGGCUUCCUGCACGAGCUGACGGACCUGGAGCUGUCCGACUGCAAGAACCUGCCAGAGCUUCCCGUGACCAUUGGGAAGCUGAGCUGUUUGAAACGGCUGCACCUGCGCGGAUGUGCUCACCUCAAAGUGCUGCCACCCGAGAUAGGUGGCCUCAAAAGCGUGAGCUCGAUUGACUUUCGGGGGUGCGUGAGCCUGGCAUCACUUCCGUCUGCGGAGAUUGCAAAGAUGAAACCGCUCACGUUCCUGGGUGCCGAGUGUGGGCCUGCCACCGAGUUGUGGCCAAACGUCCACCACCUCAGUGCGCUCAAGCGGCUUGACAUUGACGACAAGUCUGGCUGCUGCGUCCUUGUUCCAGCGGAGAUUUGGUCGCUUAGCACGUUGGAGAGGCUUGCGCUGCGGGGUUUCCGGGGAGUAGGCGGUUUUGCCCACGCAAAGUGGAACCUGCCCCUGCUCACGUCCCUGUGGAUGGAAGGCUUCACCAACGUCACCGCUCUGCCAUCAGAGCUGGCAACUCUAACAUCGUUGACCUUCCUGGUGCUGGCUGAGUUCUCGAGCCUCACCGAGCUGCCGCCGGGCAUUGGCCACCUGAGCAAGCUGGAGAGGCUGAGCCUGAGAUGUAGAAAGCUCAAGACACUGGCGCCAGACAUGUUCAGGGGGCUAACAAAGCUGCGUUGCUUAAGCUUGGCCGAGUGCGUGAGCUUGACGACGCUGGCCGUACCCAGAGGGAGCCUGGCGUCCCUAGAGAUUCUCGACUUGGUAGGGUGCAGCAGCCUGACGGAGCUCCCGGCGGCCGUUGCCGGCAUGAGCUCGCUGGAGAGGCUCAACUGCAGGGAGUGCACCGCACUCAAGGCCCUUCCCCCUCAAGUUGGCGAGCCAACAAGGCUGCAGGCACUCUACCUCCAGCAGUGCUCAACGCUCAAGGAGCUUCCGCCACAGAUUGGGAAGCUGUCCAUGCUGGAGAGGCUCGACUUGAAAAAGUGUGGCGGCCUAACGAGCUUGCCCUCGGAGAUUGGCAUGCUGUCAAGGCUCAAGUUCUUACAUCUCAAUGCGUGCACGGGUAUCAAGCAACUCCCGGCAGAGGUUGGAGACAUGCGGAGCCUGGUGGAGCUGGGGUUGGAAGGAUGUACGAGCCUCAAGGGGUUGCCAGCGCAGGUUGGUCAGCUGCGCAGCCUGGAAAACCUUGGUCUCGACGGCUGUACGGGCUUAACAUCGCUGCCAGCGGAUGUGGGGAAUCUGGAAUCCCUCAAGCGUUUGUCACUGGCCAAGUGUUCGGCCCUCGAGGGGCUUCCGCGGGAGGUGGGCAGGCUGCCAAAGCUCAAGCUUUUGCGGCUGGACGGGUGCACCAGCAUGAGUGAAGUGCCUGCGGAGCUUGGACACGUGCAGACGCUCGUCAACUUGGGUUUGGAGGGGUGCACCUCGCUGAGCUCCAUACCGCCGGGGAUUUUCAGGCUGCCAAAUCUGGAGCUCUUGGACCUGAGGAGGUGCACACUGCUGGCUCAAGACGUGGGCUCCUCGUCGGACAUGCACAAGUAUGGCUGCACCCUGGUGACCAACGACUUGGACUGGGAAGGGUUUGAGGAGGUUUGGCUUUACUACUGA